GGAAGUUAUGCAGCCCCGCAGGUGCUUACCCCAAGCAGGUCCGCGACGCACCUACCCUUCGGAUUGCUGCCACCGUUAGUAACCCUUAAUAAAGACGUGAAUGCAGUGGGUGGCUUCACUGCGAAGGAGGACGUUAUCCGCACCCUCUACACUUAGGAGAAAGACACGACUUUAUACUGUUUGUGAGAGUGAGAAGUGGAUGUAGUUAAUGUAGUUAUCCAGUACACAGUCUAGUAUACUUGUUAACUAAAAACAGAGUUGAUCAACGAGUACUUCUAUUCAGACACUCUUCUUCUCUAAACUGGACCUAGUAGAAUCUUAGUCAGACACUCUUCCUCUAUACUCAACAAGACGGCAAUAUCUUCUACAAAUUUCAACACAUGAAAACUGAUUUCUCCUUCCAGUAGAACUUCUUACUUAAUACGAUGAGCAUUAGCCUACUUGAUAGAGGACAACAUACACGUACUUAGAUGUUCACCAACGUCUUCCUCUUCUUCAAGAUUGUUCAAAAGAUUCCAGCCAGCAUAUAUUGUCUGCUCCUUAUUUCGGAUCGCAACGGAGCCAGGCGGCUGCAAGCUGCUACAUGGUUCGAGUACAUCUAUGUAGAUAGGAAUGAAUGAACAUCUUCAUUGUCAACAUCUUCAAUAGCGUCUACGUCGUCCUCCUUCUUUCCCUCUAACGUAACAGUGAUUCGCUCGAGGACGUCGCGAAAGACUUGGCUAAGGACUUUAUCGCUCGGAUCGUAGAGGCCAAACCUAAGCAUGAUGGGGCGUCGGAAGAUGUGGCGUCGGAUGAAGCAGCAAAGUUUCUUGGGACGGAAUUGGUAAAUCAUUUCCGUGUCGCAGCACAGGAAUGCCGUUCUGGAGCACUGCUAAACUUAGGGCUUUGACAUUCACAUUUGAAGUAAAAAAAAGGAGACAGUUCAUCUUGUAGAUGAACUAGCGAUUGCGAUGCAGUCUUCAUUAUGCUUAGAGAAAAGUCAUAAUUAUAUAUGUACCAGGGAGGGAGGCCCCCCCCCCUGUGGAUGGAUCUGGGGAGGACCACGCCAGAGGGGUCCAGCCUUGCCACCUUAUUGGCCAGGCCUGUCGAGGGGCUGCCAGGCGGGAAGGCCUCAAGGCGCCCACUUCUGACCCCUUCCCGCUUCUUGCAUGUACCCUACAGACCUGGCAAAGGCAGGGCCCCGCUGGCUUGUUGCAUGUACCCGACAGACCUGGCAAAGGUGGCAAAGGCCGGGCCCCGCUGCCUUGUUGCAUGUAUCCACCGACCCGGCCCGCUGCCUUGUUGCGUGUACCCUACAGACCUGGCAAAGGGGGCAAAGGCAGGGCCCCGCUGCCUUGUUGCGUGUACCCUACAGACCUGGCAAAGGAGGCAAAGGCCGGGCCCCGCUGCCUUGUUGCAUGUACCCUACAGACCUGGCAAAGGGGGCAAAGGCGGGAACCCACCCCCUUGGCGUAGGGUUGGGCACACGCAACACGACAAGAGGGCCCAGCCUUUGCCACCUUUGCCGGGUCUGUAGCGUACAUGCAAGAAGCGGGAAGGGGUCAGAAGUGGGCGCUUUGAGGCCUUCCCCCCGGCAGCCCCUCGAAAAGAGGGGCCGGGGCGGGGAGGCCCCCCCCCCUACAAAAAGUUAGAUCGGGGGGGGGGCCGUAGGGUCGAGAAAGGGACCCCCUGGGCCUUACGGGGUUUCUAGUCGUGCAGGCAAUUUGGUUUCGCUCCUUUACCAUUUUGAAAAUGUAAACAGAGGAGGCGCCAGCCUGUGUUAACUUCGCCUAAUGUAGCACGACAGCACAACUGUGACCGCAGUGAGCACAUCCACCAAAAAUAAAUCGGAGCAGCCUGUAGGAGGAACCUGAGAAGCACGCGAUAGCGCUAGCACCAGCAGCGUGGCAAUGGCUUGGCUGUCAGCAACUUUCUUAGGAUUCAGCUGACUGAGAUCACAACAACAAUAGGAAACGGCCUCGCGCAUUAGCUUGGUUGUAAGUUUCUUCCCCCCUGUUCACUUUGUUGGGAGCUUUGACGUGGCGGACGAGGGGCAGCAGCGGUCCCCUGGUUGUGAGUCCCAGUCCCAGUCUUAACCUCAAGAGGGACGCGGAAAAUGUCCACAGGACGGCGAGGGGGGAAAGCUCCUUCGGCAGAAGUUCACAGAGCUUGGCAAAAAAUGCGGCAGAAUAGAAAGUCCAAGCGGAAGGGGUGGCAAAAGUGUUCCUGGUGGCAGAAAAUGCGGCAGAAAGUCCAAGAGGGGGGCAGAAAAUGUUCCUGAUUGUCAGAAAAUGCGGCAGAAAGUCCAAGAGGGGGCUGGAAAGUGUUCCCGGGUGGCAGAAAGUCACGGAGGGGGGUGGAAAAUGUUCCUUCCCGGGUAGGCAGAAAACGCGGCAGAAAGUCACAGAGGGGGGCGGAAAAUGUUCCCGGGUGGCAGAAAGUCACAGACGGGGGCGGAAAGUGUUCCCGGGUGGCAGAAACACUACCAGGGGAGUGGGAAGCGUUCCCGGGUAGGCAGAAAAUGCGGCAGAAAGUCACAGAGGGGGGCGGAAUAUGUUCCCGGUUGACAGAAAACGCGGCAGAAAGUCAACCAGGGGGGCGGAAAAUGUUCCCCAGGCAGCAAACCUGGCAGAAAAUCAACGGAGGGCGCAAACCUGGCAGAAAAUCAACCAAGGGGGCGGAAAAUGUUCCCCAGGCGGCAAAACCUGGCAGAAAUUCAACAAAGGGGCGCGGAAAAUCUUCCCAAGGAGGUGGCAAACCUGGCAGAAAAUCAACCCGGGGGGCGGAAAAUGUUCCCCAGGCAACAAACCUGGCAGAAAAUCAACAAAGGGGGCGGAACCACAGGAACCACAGGGACCACAGGAACCACAGGAACCACAGGAACCACAGGAACCACAGGAACCACAGGAACCACAGGAACCACAGGAGCCACAGGAACCACAGGAACCACAGGAACCACAGGAACCACAGGAGCCACAGGAGCCACAGGAGCCACAGGAGGCCCCAGCAGGAGCAGGACCCGCCUGGCGAUCGCUUGGCCCCAGAUAAUAUCCGCAUUUGAAAUUCCGUAAAGCCCAGGGGGCCCCAUUCUCGAGCUUAAGGGGGGGGGCCUCCCGCCCUGAGCCCUGGAACAUAUAUAGAUAUGCAAAAGACAAGGCCCUUCUCGCAAGUACUUUUUAGUAGGCCUCGGCUUCUCUACAAUGUUGAACUUCUCUCCAUCUAGGUGUGAUAGAUUUAUUUCAGGUAUUCUUUGGAAAGAACCUCUAAGAUGCCUUGGCGCACCAGAGGACAUCACGACGAUUCUGACGGAGGCGCAACAAAGACUGCAGGAAGUAUAUUGGAUGACUAAUAGCCCAACACCAACUUAUGGCUCGUCACAAGAUUACAGCAUAAUGCUUACCAUAACUACCAGCCACCUUGGAUCUUCACGUUGAAAAAUAGGCCAACAUGUAAGCAUAUCUAGGUAGUUCUAUUGAAACCAGGCCAGUGACGAGGAGAUCAUCUUGUUUAUGGAGAUUGCGGUAAUCUCGUGUUGAACAACCUGCUCUAAAAAACGCAAGUAUCGCCAGGGCAGAACGUGGACGCCUUGCAGGUUGAGCUUUUGCCCGCACUACUACAGCCGGGGAUCAUUGUAGAUGAUCAUAUGCCGCGG